GUUUUUUUUUUCCGCAACAUUUUUGUGUUUGGAGACCAGACGUCAACCGACCUCACAUUUUCUUUCAGGAUAUUUGUAGUCCGACAGAAUUUAAUGGCUUACCUCAGUAUACACUUACACUAACGUGCAUCUGGCCCAAACCAGGAGUCCAAAUACCUUUCUUGGGGGGGCUAACAGCGAAUUCAACCGUGUGUUUCAACUGGAAUCCGCUCAAGGACCUGUGGGUGGUCCCCGGACCCGGGUUUGGAGACACUCCCGCUGCAGACUCUAACUCAUGCAGCUCUAAAACUUGAGGUGAAAAACUGUCUUUCGUGUGAGUGCUGCAAGAGGUGAGCUCAGCGCGUCUUAAAAAACUCAAUCGCUGCGUAAAAAAGGUGGAGUGUGUAAACCCGCUGCCAAAAGGACACAAAGCACAGGUGUGUCGGAUGAAAGAAAAGGUUGAUCGAGUUUGCUUGCUUCAGCUGGCUCACAUUUAUGUGGACCUUUUAUAUGCGGGCUGCUAGGACUUUACCCGCCGGUGAAGCUCGGAUAAUAAGUUCUUAUGAUGGAGUGGCGUGAGCAGUCUUCAGUCAGCUGCGAGGAAGCCUACUCGGAGGCGCAGAGAUGGAUUGAGGCAGUAACGAAGAAAAAAUUUGGGAGCAAGGACUUCCGAUCUGCGCUGGAGAAUGGCGUUCUUCUGUGUGAACUGAUUAACAAGAUCAAGCCUGGUGUUGUCAAGAGGGUUAACAGACUGCCUACUCCUAUUGCUGGACUGGACAACCUUAACGUCUUCCUCAAGGCCUGCGGGAAGCUUGGACUAAAGGAAGCGCAGCUCUUUCACCCCGGAGAUCUUCAAGACUUGUCCUCAAGAGUCACAGUCAAGGAUCAAGAGACCAGCAGGAGGCUGAAAAAUGUAUUGAUCACCAUUUACUGGUUAGGUAGAAGAGCUCAGUGUGACUGCUUCUAUGAUGGACCUUACUUGAACUUCAAGGCAUUUGAGGGUUUAUUGGGCACAGCACUAUACAAGGCUCUGCAGGAUUCUUCCAGUCAGAAAAGCAGCAACGUCCGAGACAGCGGUUUUGGAGACAAUUGGUACUCUGAGCGAGAGGAGCUCUCCCAUCUGAGAGGAGGAGGAGGAGGAGGUGGUGGUGGUAGACACAGGAGGGACGACUCCCUGGACAGCUUGGAUUCGUUGGGUUCCCGACCCCACAGCAUCUCAUCUGACACCACUCUUAAAGGCAGCAGCGAGGGUUGUUGUAGCGAUACCGAGGCAGACUCUGUCUUCAAGAUGACCGAGAACAAGGACAAUCUCAGCUACCGCCGGUCGGCAGUCGUCGCACCGAAAACCACCACGCAGUUUAACCAGUUCCUGCCCACUAAAGACAAAGCUUCUGGCUACGUGCCUGCUCCACUAAGGAAGAAACGGGCCGAACGUAAUGAGGACAACCGGCGCAGCUGGGCCAGCAGCAGUUUCGCAGAGGAUGAAAGCUCUCUCACCAGGGUGUCCCCUGGCUGCUACGGAGACAGUCAAGUAUCCCAGAGUGCCUUCUCUGACGCACAUCUCCAGUGGGCCCGCGAGUAUGAAAGUGGCAGUGACUCGGACACAGACCGACCGGACCCCGAUCUCGUUCUGGAUGACCUGGCCAGUAGGCGCUUCCACAGCCCCUCCCCUGCUCCUCCCACCAACUUCGCCUUACCCAUCAGUCCUCAGGUUGGGGGACGGGUGGCUGGAGGCAGGGGGGACACCUUGCCCAAGGUCACUAUAACUCCCACUGUUGUCCCUCAACAAAACGUGGCCUGCCUCAGCAGCAGCAGCAUCAGCAGAGGGGAAAUGCAACCCCCCCGGCACGGUUCAGUGAGGGUGGACCACCGCCGAGGCGUGUCCACUGACAGCUUGUUCAGGGAGGUAUAUGACGACUCUGAGGAUGAGGAUGAUGAGGUGGGCUAUGCUGACCCUGUCCAAGAUGAUCUCUAUGCCCGUAAGAUGGGUAUCAAACCUCUGCCUACAAGUAGUGUAUCUUAUGACAAGUUCUUACCCAAAUUCUGGACACCAGAAGAAGACAUUCACAUUCAGAAGAUCAAACUGGGCUCUCAGAGGAGACCCUGGUACAAGAAGAUACAAGGCUUCAGCCAUAAGAAGUCAGGCUCUUCGUCAGAUGACUCAGACGGUGACAUCAGCCCCUGGCUCUCCUCCGCCCCCUCUCCCUCUGGCCCAUCUCCCUCUCAUACCCGCACACACGAGGCUUCAGCUCACACCACCCUUGUUGUUGGGAAAAGUCCUCAUGUUCAACCACACACUCCUCCACAGCAUCCCAAGUCCCCUCUCUUAGAGACCCCCCCACUGGUGUUUGCCCCUGUGGACCCCACCUCAGGUCCCAGACUGGUGAAAGGGGAGAAGUGGAUGCUCCUGGGGCGCCAAGACCCCCGGGAGCCCCCGGACCCCAUUGAUUAUGAAAGUAUUUGCCCGGACUUGGAGAAUGAUGACAUGUUUGCCAGGCGAACCCUUGCCUUCCAGUCCAACACAAACUUGGCUAAACUGAAGACUCUGCUGACUUGCAGACAUCGCCGCUGCACCUCUGAGCCGCAGCUCAACAUUGUCACCCAGAAACCCGUUCGUGGAGGCGCCGAGGAAACUGAGUUCCCAGACAUUGAGCAGGACGAUGUGGUGUUUCGUAGGGAGAAAACCCAGCAGGCACAGCAACAGCGACCACUCUCAGGAGCACCUGACAACUAUGCCCCGAUGCCCAUCCCAGAGCCUUGGGCACUGCCUCCUGACCUCAAGUCCAGACUCCUCUGCCCCCCAUGUCCCCUGACUCAUAAAGCAGCAAUACCGAACCUGAAUGAAGUUGAUAAGGAGACCCGUCCUGAAACGGAUGACAUGCUAAUUCGAAAGUUCAGAAUCUGUUCUGAUCAGAGCCAGAGCUCCGCUUCAUCAGCCAGUCAGAAAACCCCUUCAGUGCCUUCUUCCUGUAGCAAAGAGGACCUGCAGAAGUGGCAGGCAAUCAGGGAAGCUAGUCAGUUAAGACAUAAGAAAAGGCUUUUGGUGGAAAGGCUAGCUGCUCUGAAGCUGUACUUUCAAGAGCGCCAAGAGGGUACAGACGGGAGUAAAUCAACAAGUGAUGUGCACGUCGACCCCGCGGUCAUCCGGCAGGUUCGCUACGAAGAGCUGCAGAAGUAUCGUGAGAAGGUUAAACAGAGCGAGGAUAAGUGGCAGGAUGCCCUGAGCGACUGGAAGAGCCGACGUCGCAGUGUCAACUCUGAUAUAGUAAAGAAGAAGGAGGAAAGGGAGAAGAUAGAGCAGAUUACUUACGGCGGUGAGAAAAGGUCUAAGACCUUCAAGGAGAUGCAAGAGGAGAGAGAAGGUAAAAGAAAGAGCAGCGUUGGCAGCCGUCUUGGAUCUCUCUCUUUUUUAGACGACGACGACGACAACGUAUUUGAAAAACCCGUCAUUGCCCCACGUACCCGAGCUCUUCCUAGCCGAAGCUACACAAUUGACACUUCCCAAUUUUCCUAUGAACCCCCCAAGCCCUCUGUGAAUGACAAAGAACCUCCCAUCGCUUCCCCAGCUACCGGCAGGGCUGCUUCCCCUCCCACUUCACUUGAAGUCGUGGACAGUCCCGCACUAAGCAGCUCCAUCACGAACACCAUCACUCCAAACAACUACAGCUCAUUCAACCGCUUCCCGUCUCCAGAAGCUGUACCUUUGCAGAGGAGUACAGACUCAGAGCGCGCCAGCACAGCCAAGAAGCAGGAGGCCCCAACUGUUGUCUCCUCUUCUAGCUCCCUACCAAAGGUGCCUGAGCCAAGCCCUGCAUUGUCUGGCACACAGACUGAGGUGAAGCCCCUCUCUUCUGGUCCUUUGCACACACAAGCACAGCCCAGCUCAAUGGAACCCAAGCCGCCCGCGGUGUCUCGGGUUUCUUCCUCCCUGCCCAAGACCUACCAGAGAUCGGAUAGCACACGUCUAACUUCAGUUGUCACACCAAGGCCCUUUGGGAGCCAGCCCUCACGCAUCACAUCUCUUCCCCGAGGCUUUACCCCCGCACAGACAGACGACUCACACAAGCGCGUCAAUGGCAACGUCGAUGUUUCUAAGAAGUCAUCAGUGCCGAGUCGGUACCAUCAGUUCAUGACCUCUGAGGACGAAGCUCAGUCUAGCUCAGCACACAGCAGUGAAGAGGAGGAGGAAGAGGCGACUACGGGGAAUAGCGUCAACUCUGCUCAGAGCGUCACACCUGUACCUCCACAGGUCAAGAGUGAACCUCCUGCUCCAGCCAAAGAAACCAGCCAGGAGAACUACUGUGAGAUGCGGAUCAGCCUGAACCAGAAGCCCAACAGCAGCAGAGAUUUCGGUUUCCAGGCAGCCUGGGACUCAACAGGAGCUUGUGUCACAUCUAUCCAGCCAGGCAGCCCGGCUGAGAUGUGCCAGCUUCAGACUGGAGACAAGGUGCUGACGGUGAACGGGCACAAGGUGGCAGACAUGAGCUACACCGAGUGGAAGUCCCACAUGGAUGAGGCUCUGCAGGAGGGCAGUCUGGUCAUGGAUAUAAGGCGUCAUGGGCAGAACAACUGGGACAGAGUUCAACCUUCCCUGCCAUUUAAAAGCCAUAAGACCAUCAAUCUGACCAGUACGGAUCAUCCAAUGCUUGUAGGUUCCCAAGAAAAAAGCACAAUCAGCUCCAGCCUGGAUUUUACUUCAAACACUCCAGCAGAAACGCUGACGUUCAAAGAGACCCCGGCUCAUCCCGUUAGCGAAGUGGCUUCAAACGGAGUUAAUGGAGGUUUCCGAGAGGAGCCGGUGACCAUGAGGAAAAAAGAGUCAGAACCCAUAUCUUUGAAAAACUUAAAGCGGAGGUCAGAGUUCUUUGAACAAGGUGGCUCAGGGUCCAGUGUCAGUGCGCUGGUCUACCUCUGUGGAGGAGGAUCAGAGCCUGCAGUGCCAGAUAUACCGGUUCCCGUAAUCACUCCCUCCAGUCGCUGGUCUUUUGACCCAGAAGAGGAGCGGAAAAGACAAGAGAAGUGGCAGAAGGAACAAGAGCGCCUCCUACAGGAGAAAUAUAAGCGUGAUCAGGAAAAGCUGCAGGAAGAGUGGCUCAAGGCUCAGCAGGCACUUUCUACAAGCACGGUCCCCAAACCGGUAACAAAACUUGGGAGCCUGGAGGUGAACAACCACAGCAACAGCAGCACCGGCCCACACUCACCACUAUCUCCCGUCAACCAGCCCACAUCUCUACUGUGGGAAGAAGAAGAGCGAAAGAGGAAGGAGGAGCAGGAGCGCCAAAGGCAGGCAGAGGAGAAGAGGAAGAGGGAAGAGGAGGAGCGAGAACUGCUGCGUCUCCAGGAGCAGAGGAUGAGGAAGGAAAGGCAGGAGCAGGAGGAAAGGAAGAGAAGGGAGGACGAGAGGAGGUUGCUGGAGGCAGAAGAGCUGCAGCGCAGAGAGAAGGAGAGAGCCUUUGAGCAGCAGCAGCAGUGGGCCACUAGCUCCCACGGCUUUCCUUAUGCCCAGCCUUCACUCACCUAUGCAGACAGGACAAAAUCCAAAUCAUCCCCUCAGCUCGACGAAGAGGACAGACCUCAGAGAAAAGGUGUGCAUGUACCCCCGGGGGGCAUGGCUCAGCGGCUGCUGGAAGAGCAGCUGAAGAAGGCACAUGACAGAGUUUACCAAAGUCAGAAGGCUGCAUCUGAGCUGGAGCUGGAGCGCAGGAACAUCCUCCAUGCCAUGAGAUACAGAGAGCCGGAGAGAGUGACCUCAAGUGGAGCCGCUGAGAAGAAGGACCAGCAGCCUGCAUCUCAGGCUGAGCUGGAGCGGCAGCAGAUCCUCAAUGAGAUGAAAAAGAAGACGUCAUUGCUGACGGACAACAGCUGGAUCCGCCAACGUUCUCCCGACACUUCCACCAACAAGGAGAGGGACCUGCCACCUAUGCGCAGAGGCGAUUCUCUUGACAACUUGGACACCUCAUACAACUCCUGGCGUUCGUCAUCGAAACCCCGAAGCGGUUCUUUUGCCCAAAACUACUUUCGGCCUCACUCUGCCCUUUCUGGCAGCACAUCCUUUUAUGGUGGGGGGCCGCGGGCUCAGCGGUAUGGUUCCACUUCCACUCUGCCUUCUUCCUAUUCCAUGGGCUCACUCCGAAGUGGGGCAGGAUCCCAUUUGGUCCCUUGGUCCAGGCAGUCGCCUUCCCCUUCACCUUCACCCUCUUCUCCUUCACCCAUCAACUCUCCAGAACCCACGGCUGAGGCAGACGCUCCUCAGCAGCACAGCAGGUCAGUGAGUGGAAAGAAAAUCUGUACGUUCUGUGAAACCCCGCUGGGAAAGGGAGCAGCCAUGAUCAUCGAGUCCCUUGGGCUCUGUUAUCAUUUGGGUUGCUUUAAGUGCAUCGACUGUAAGUCUGACCUUGGAGGAUCAGAAGCCGGGGCUGAAGUCAGAAUACGAAACAAGCAGCUCUACUGUAACUCCUGCUACAUGCGAGUCAAAACUGGUCAACCAACAUCUAUGUGACGUGACUGUACUCCAGCAGAUUGAUGAAGAGACUACUUCCGACAACAACCCUUGAAUUUUAAAGUGAACAUUGAAGCCAUUGCAAUUAACCGGGACACUUGGUUGGGAUCGUAUCGCUGUUUAUGAUUCUGUUAAAACCCCAGGCGAUACCUUGAUGAGAAUCAUAUUUGUUUUUACAGUGUGUGAUUAAGGGAGGGACGCUUGCAAAGUAGUUAUCAGCUUUUGUGUUUAUAUCCUAUUAAGCAGCACAAUUGUACAGAGUGUAAGGGUUCUGCAUGCGCCGGAGUUUUUAAACGUUUUAGCCACAAAACUAGUCGAGCUAUUAACUGUCUACCAGAUUCCAGAUGAAAGUCCUUUUUGUUUCUAAACUUUGCUUAGAUACUGAGAGAAAAUCCUGCAGGAUCAUCCUCCUCAUUUUCACGCUUCUUUUCCCACCAACUAUUGUGUUAUAAAAAUCUGUGUCAGCCAAGGUAUUGGUAUCAUGUCUAUGUGCCUUUUUAUUUGUAAUUAAGAUUACUAAAAUACUGCAAAAUGUCAUUUGCAUUUGUCUCAAGUUUUCAGUGAUGGAGUAUUGCACACAUAAGCAGGUUUCUAUGUAAAGAAUAUGCGUCACACUGAUUAGGCAAACAUAACAAUGUAAAUAAAAAUAACUAAAUGCUC